CGUGUUGCUGUCUAGCCUAUGGAGCUGUUGUGGCACUCUCUUGAUGAAUGGCUGGUCCUCAUCUCCACCGAGCUGGAUAAAGAGAGCACAGACGCAACAACCUCCUCCUCAGGAAACGACAUUGCAUCACUCUUCUUGAAAAAGCAGGAGGUCGACCCUUCUGUUUCCAGCGAAAAUCCCCCUCUGUUGCUGGACGCCAAGUCCGUGAUGAAGACGCCGGAGGGCUACGCCGAUGGUCAGGAUGUCAUCUCUAUGAUAGCCAAUCGCCUGAGCGCUGUGAUCCAGGCCUUCUACAUGUGCUGUUCCUGUCAGAUGCCACACGGCAUGACCUCCCCUCGAUUCAUCGAGUUUGUCUGUAAACAUGAUGAAGUGCUCAAGUGUUUUGUGACAAGGAAUCCCAAAAUAAUCUUCAACCACUUCCACUUCCUGCUGGAAUGUCCUGAACUCAUGUCUCGCUUCAUGCAUAUUAUUAAAGGACAGCCAUUUAAAGACAGGUGUGAGUGGUUUUAUGAGCAUCUUCUUGCUGGACAGCCAGACUCGGAUAUGGUGCACCGGCCAGUUAAUGAAAAUGAUAUUCUUCUUGUUCACAGAGACUCAAUAUUCCGAAGCAGCUGCGAGGUUGUGUCCAAGUCAUCCAAUGAGAAACUCAAACAAGGCAUUGCAGUGCGGUUUCACGGUGAAGAGGGAAUGGGUCAGGGGGUGGUCAGAGAGUGGUUUGACAUUCUGUCCAAUGAGAUCAUCAACCCGGACUAUGCACUGUUUACACAAUCAGCCGAUGGUACCACGUUUCAACCCAACAGUAAUUCUUCUGUAAACCCAGAUCAUCUGAACUACUUCCGAUUUGCUGGUCAAAUCCUGAGUCUGGCUCUCUAUCAUCGACAGCUGGUGAACAUCUACUUCACACGCUCCUUUUACAAGCACAUACUAGGCAUCCCAGUGAGCUAUCAGGAUGUGUCAUCCAUCGACCCAGAGUAUGCUAAAAAUCUGCAGUGGAUUCUGGACAAUGACAUCAGUGACCUUGGCCUUGAGCUCACCUUCUCUGUAGAAACAGAUGUGUUUGGAACUAUGGAAGAGGUCCCUCUCAAACCAGGAGGAAUUGCAAUUCAGGUCACCCAAGACAACAAGGAGGAGUAUGUGCAGCUGGUGACGGAGCUCAGGAUGACCCGAGCGAUUCAGCCGCAGAUCAAUGCCUUCCUGCAGGGCUUUCACACUUUCAUCCCCCCCUCGCUCAUCCAGCUCUUUGAUGAAUAUGAGCUGGAACUGCUGUUGUCAGGCAUGCCUGAAAUUGAUGUGAUGGACUGGAAGAAGAACACAGAGUACACUAGUGGCUACGACCUGCAGGAGCCUGUCAUACAGUGGUUUUGGGAAGUGGUUGAAAAUCUCACUCAAGAAGAAAGAGUCCUCCUCUUACAGUUUGUUACAGGAAGUUCAAGAGUCCCUCAUGGAGGAUUUGCUUUUCUGAUGGGCGGCAGCGGUCUGCAGAAGUUUACCGUUGCCGCUGUGCCCUACACAUCAAACCUACUGCCUACCUCUAGCACAUGUAUCAACAUGCUGAAACUCCCAGAAUACCCCAGCAAGGCUGUCCUGCGUGAUCGUUUGCUGGUUGCACUGCAUUGUGGGAGUUACGGAUACACCAUGGCGUGACGCCGGCUUCUGAGUUUGCUGAGGAUUCUGCUCUGUGGACACACAAGGCACACAUGGCUCAGUUCAGGGAUUCUACAACACUUCGACUCAAAAGCCUUUAUAUUUCAUUUAUUUUUGGCACUAGGAAAUGUAUGACAAGGACAUCGGUGAAUAAUGACAUGAAUUAAUGAGACAUCAGGCACUGGGGCUGUUUUCUACACGUGAAAAGGAUGUUCAGGUCACAUUUCGCCGUAAAUUCAAAAUAAGGAUGUUUUGUUUUUCAUUGCUGUAGUACUCAUUUUUUUCUGUAUCACACCAAAUGCACAACUAUUAUAAUUUUAUAUUUUUGCUACUUUUUUUUUUGUAUUAGUAUUAUUAUUUAUUCAAAUCCUUUACAAUUUUACUUUUAUUCUUAUAUAUAAUGUACACACACUUUUUUUUUUCUUUUUUUUUUUUUCAAAAAAUAAAUUUCAUCAUAAAAAUAGGUUGAAUAUAUACGUUUUUUGGUGACAUAUGACCUAGGCAUGCUCUUCACGGGUUUCUUGAGGUUCACUCUUGCAUAUUUGCAAAUGACUGAAUCCAAACGGCCUGUUACAUGCGAAAGUCAGAUUUCUUUUACAUUAUUACAUGUACUCCAGGCUGUAUUAUUUCAGUUAUCUGAUGCUGUUCAGCUCACGUCAUGCUUGGACAGCAUGUGUGUGCGGAUGAAAUAUCUAUAGCUUUCAUCACUGCUCACAAUGGUCAACACAUUAUUGAAAGUGGUCAUUUUGAGCAGUUGUCUCUUUUGUUUUGUUUGAAUUGUUUUGUUGCGUUGUUGUAUUGGUCUCUUGUGGCACACUUUCAGUUAGUAGUCUAGAAAGUUCCUUACUCUCUCAUGAUUAUUGUGCCAUAUAUAUUUGUAUGUACUCAAAUGUAUUUAGUUAUAUAUGAGGUUGUCAGCAAAGUCCAGGAAUUCUUCAUGUUAUAUCCGGUGUCUAAAUUGUUUAUGUGCUGCCAAGUUAUUCAGUAUAAAUGAUCAAAUAAUGUUAUAGGUGUGCCAAAUAUUCACUCAAGCAAAUCAUAUAAUUUUCUCAUAAGGACAUGUCAUGAAAUGAUUUUGGAAAGGAAAGUCAUAUAAUUUAAGGAAUGUGUCAUAUCUUUACUAUUGGUUGUGGUUCAAGUGAAAAUGAAGAUAUGUAUCAAAUGUAUUUAUUCUGAUUUAUCAUGAUUUUGGAUUUAAAUUUGUUUUUGUACUUGUAAUAACUGUACUGUAAGUAUUCUGUACAAUCUUUUGGAUAUUACAGACGGGCAUCCAAAAUAUUAAAGUAUGCUUUUUAUUAAAAAUCAACCUAACUGAUGCUA